GAUAGCGGCGAGAGCAACGGAGCCCAUUCAUGAUCCAGCGAACGGCGCCGGUGGCGAGUAAAGCGGACCCGGUGCCCCGCAAAGCGGCGCCGGUCCCGCCGUCAUGGAGACAUCGGGGCAUCUCCACGAUUCGGGCGUGGGGGACUUGGAGGAGGACGGUCGGUGUCCCUGCCCGUUACCGGGGGAUGAACGGUCACCGCCGCCGCCCUCCGCGCUGCCGCCGCUCCAGCACAGCCUGUUGCACUCCUCGCCCGGGUCGCUACGGGCCCCUCCUCCUCCUCCCGCCGCCCCCGCCGCCCUCCACCCUUCCUCCCGCCACGGCAGCCAGCUCAACCUCGGCGACCACCCCGCGGGCUCCGGGGUGCCGAGCGGCAAGCACCGGCAGCCCAGCCCUCUGGUUCACCGGCGGGACAGCAACCCCUUCACCGAGAUCGCCAUGAGCUCCUGCAAGUACAGCGGCGGCGUGAUGAAGCCCCUCAGCCGGCUCAGCGCAUCCCGACGGAACCUCAUCGAGGCCGAGCCGGAGGCGCAGCCCCUGCAGCUCUUCGGUGCCGGCGAACCCCCCGAAAUUGUCGUCUCACGAGAGGACAACCAUGCGCCCGCCGCCCACCGUCCCAGCCGCCCGCCCGCCCGGCCGGCCCCCAGCACCUUUGCCAAGGGGCCCAAGCGCAAGGCACAGAACAUUGGGUACCGCCUCGGGCACCGCCGGGCACUGUUCGAGAAGAGGAAGCGCCUCAGCGACUACGCGCUCAUCUUCGGCAUGUUUGGCAUUGUCGUCAUGGUCAUUGAGACCGAGCUCUCCUGGGGGCUCUACUCCAAGGACUCCAUGUUCUCCCUGGCCCUGAAAUGCCUUAUAAGCCUCUCCACCGUCAUCCUGCUGGGCCUCAUCAUCGCCUACCACACCCGGGAGGUGCAGCUCUUUGUGAUCGACAACGGAGCUGACGACUGGCGGAUAGCGAUGACGUACGAGCGCAUCCUCUACAUCAGCCUGGAGAUGCUGGUCUGUGCCAUCCACCCCAUCCCCGGGGAGUACAAAUUUUUCUGGACAGCUCGCCUGGCCUUCUCCUACACCCCAUCCCGGGCAGAGGCCGAUGUGGACAUCAUCCUGUCCAUCCCCAUGUUCCUGCGCCUCUACCUGAUCGCCCGGGUGAUGCUGCUGCACAGCAAGCUCUUCACCGACGCCUCCUCGCGCAGCAUCGGGGCGCUCAACAAGAUCAACUUCAACACCCGCUUUGUCAUGAAGACUCUCAUGACCAUCUGCCCUGGGACAGUGCUGCUGGUCUUCAGCAUUUCCCUCUGGAUCAUCGCCGCGUGGACAGUGCGUGUGUGUGAGAGGUACCACGACCAGCAGGAUGUAACCAGCAACUUCCUGGGUGCUAUGUGGCUCAUCUCCAUCACCUUCCUCUCCAUCGGCUACGGGGACAUGGUCCCACACACCUACUGUGGCAAGGGAGUCUGCCUGCUCACUGGCAUCAUGGGUGCUGGAUGCACAGCACUGGUGGUGGCUGUGGUGGCCAGGAAGCUGGAGCUCACCAAAGCUGAGAAGCACGUCCACAACUUCAUGAUGGACACACAGCUGACCAAGAGGAUCAAGAACGCUGCAGCCAACGUCCUGAGGGAAACGUGGCUGAUCUACAAACACACCAAGCUGCUGAAGAAGAUCGACCACGCCAAAGUCAGGAAGCACCAGAGGAAGUUCCUACAAGCCAUCCACCAGUUACGGAGCGUGAAGAUGGAGCAGAGGAAGCUGAGUGACCAAGCCAACACCCUUGUCGACCUCUCAAAGAUGCAGAACGUGAUGUACGACCUCAUCACAGAGCUAAACGACCGCAGCGAGGACCUGGAGAAGCAGAUCAGCGGCCUGGAAUCCAAGCUGGAGCAGCUCAGUGCCAGCUUCAACUCCCUGCCCCUGCUGAUGGCUGACAUGCUGCGGCAGCAGCAGCAGCGCCUGCUCAGCGCCGUGCUGGAGGCCAGAGGGGUGGCUGUGCCCGUGGGCACCCCCCAGACACCCCUCUCUGAGAGCCCCAUCGGGGUCAGCUCCACCUCCUUCCCCACCCCUUACACGAGCUCGAGCAGCUGCUAAAACACAGCCCCUGAGCCCUGCUGGGGACGGGGGAAGCGUUUCCACACGGAUCUGUGAACUUCCCUCUGGCCCUCGAGCCGCUGCAGGAGCCUUCAGCUGGAGCCAGUAGUGGGACCAGCAGCGCCCGAGCGCCGCUCGGAGCUUUGCCAACGCCUUGGUUUGGGGAAUUGCAUCCCUCUUCAGGUGCCUCUACACGUGGUGAAGGAAGGGGACGGAAGGUGAUGCCUUGGGCCGGCCUGUGCCGCGGCGUCCGGUGGCAGAACGGGAAAAAACCCACGCUCAAUCUCAGGUCUUCACGUUUGAAAACAAAACAAAACAAACAAAGCAAAACAAAACAAAACAAAACAAAACAAAACAAAACAAAACACCGAGUCAGAAGCACUGAAGCAACGGAGACACCGGAGGGAGAGGUUUUUUCUCCCUGGGCCCCCUGCUCCUCUCAAGAUUGCCAAACCUCGCCAGGCAGGUGCCAGCGUGGGGAGGUUGGUGAUGAAGGCUCUGGCUGACGCUGCCCGUGCUCCAUUCCAUCUCCUAGCCACAGGACAGCCCCCUCACGCUGACAGCUGGGUGACAAUGUCUGACUGUGACCUUCCUGUGGAGUUCUCUGGAGCUGUGAGUGUUUUCUACCCAGAGAAGAACAAUGGACGCUUCUUCUUUCUGGUCCUCAGUGUCAUAUUCUGCCUGGAGACAAUGCCAGAGCCAGGAAAGCAGUGCCUACAGCGUGCAGGGCCACGCAGGGCUGUCCCCAGCCCACGUGUUGGUGGCCAGGGAUGGGGCUGGCAGGCCAGCUCGGGCACUGAGGGGGUCUCCAGGUGCUCACAUCACUGCCUGCUGGGAGCCUCCCAGCAUUCUGCAAAGCCAGUGGGCUCUUUGCAGCAGCCUCAGAAGUGCUGGAUGAACACCCCAUCAGCUCCAACUGUCUCCACUUGUGCUGGGAACAUCCAUGCCUGAGCCCAGCUGGCAAUGUCCAAUCCACCAGGAUCAAGCAGGAGCUCGCUGGCAAGUGAUGUGGUAGCAGGGGCAGGUGCUUCAUCUGUUUAAAACAAAGCCCACGGCCUUCGUGCCACUCCUGCUGGGUUUGGUGGAGGGCAGCAGCACUCUCUGGCACCGUCUGGCACAGGCGCUGCUGCCCAUGCCCGCCAAAGUGCAGCACCUCAGACCCCAUUUUACUUUUUUGCUGGUGUUCAGCUUCCUGAGGUACCCUUGGCAUCACCUGGCUGCUUCUGGAACCAGCCACUUUCUGGUUUGCUUUCACCAUUUCUCCCUUUUUCCUCCUCAGUUCUGCCCCAGUGUCACGCUCUGGCUUUCCUGCAUCCUUGCAUGGAGCCAUGCCAGGCUCUGACUUUGGGGCUGCUGUUUGCUGCUUUCCAUGAAAACUCAGCAGAGAGAAUAUUUCUAUAUUUUUUAAACAGAUGAAGUAACCGUGUAAUGACUCUGCAAUAUUAAUUACGCCUCACCCAGCAGUGUCAGUAAUUGUAAUCAGUCACUGUGUUACUCCAGGUAUACUCAGCCUGUAAUGCUCUCCUUUGUAACUUCUUCCCUUCCAUAAAUAAUGCUGGAUUUUGUGCACACCUAGGGGUAGAGACCCACCACCCUCCUGCAGCACCACCCCUACCCCCCCAAUGCUGAAGCAUUUCCUUGCUGCCAGUGGUGAGAGGUGGCUCCACUCCCUGUGCCCUGCAGCUGGAGUCACAUAGGAAACAAGCAGCAAUUAGUGAGGAGUGCUGCCCCCAUGCUGGCCCUAGGAGGAGGAGGAGGAGGAGGAGGAAGGCUACAAAAUGGGAUCCCUGUGCUGCAGAGGUGUUGGGAGCAGGGGACAAACACACUCACCCCUGUUGCCUUCACGUGCCCAUUGCUGCUGGUCCUUGGCCAGUGGGAGAUCCCUGCCUUUGGGGAAGAGCUGCUCCUCCAAGCUCUUGUAAUUGGUAUAAUUAAUAUCCCACGGAUGGCUGGGGAUUCACUGCUGCCUUGGAAGCCCCCCGUGAUCUGUUCUCAGCCCUGUGUGCCUGUGGGUGCCCCCCUGCCCAUCUUGCCCUGCAGAAGCUCCUGAUGAUCUCUCUCAGGAGGUUCCCAGCAUAGCAAUGUCAGAAAUUCUGAGAAGGAGCUUGAAAUGCAGCAUUUUCCCUGGCCUGCAGGCAGCUGGUGGAGAAAAAUGCUUUCUGGGCUUCAGGAUAGGAGCAAACUGCCCCUGGGAUGGUGCUGUGCGUGGGAUGAGGUGUGGAGAUGUGUCCUGGGGCAGCAGAGAGCCAGAGGAAGUAUUGAUCCUUAAAGAUCAAUAUUGCCAGCAGGAACCAGGAACCUCCCUGCCAGGCACACGAUCGAGUCUGGGAAAUCCAAAAAGUGAGACAAGAGCAGGAGCUGCCAGCUGCAGGCCCCAGGGUGCUCAGGACCAGAGGGAGAGUGCUGGGAUUGCAGCUGGAGCAGGAGCCCCUUGCUCUGGGGCAGAGCAGCUGCUGCUGCAGUGGGAUUUCAGCAGGGCUGGGGCACUGGGUCCCUGUGCACCCCACAACCUUCCUCCCCUGGCCUCAUCUCAGCACAAGCUGCAGUGCAACCACCCCUGUGCCUGUGACCUGGGGUCUGCACUGUGUGCCCUGCACCUCACACCCUGCAAACUCCACAUCCCACCCCUUCACCCCCCAUUCCAUAGCCCUGAA